AUGCUGUCAGCGUCGUCGGAACGGGCAUCCGAGCGGAUGUCGGAGCAGAUUCGCCGGGGUUAUAUCGUGUUGCCCCAUUUGCAAGGAGAUCGGCGGAGGACGUGUGGUUGCAGGAAGGCACUGUGGACGGCCGCAAAUUCGUUUGCGUCGGUAGCUUUGUCUUCUCACUAUGACUGGAUGCGUGGCCGUGGUUGUCUCAGAAACGAGGAUCGCAUCAGCUUUUUCUUUUGUUUCAGACAUUCUCUCUUUUCCUGCAAACAAUUAAAAAAGAAAAAUAAAUUUGCACAGGUUAUGCCUUCAAGGACGAAUUCCGGCGGUGGUCUGUGGAGGCCAGCCGGUCUUGACUGGUGCAGAUUCAUAGUGAAUCAAGGGUACAACUGA